GAAAACACGACAAGUGACAUCAUCACCAACCUGACGCCCGGCGCCCAGUACCGGGUGACGGUUUAUCACACCAACGGGCCUCUGAUCAGUCCUCCGUCUGAGCCCGUCAUCAUCGACAUCGAACCCACGGGCGUCCGCGAGCUCGCCGUUUACCCUCUGAGUCCGACGGCGGUGAUCCUGAGCUGGCAGCGUCCGUACCACGUAGCCUUCAGGAAGUACGUGCUGCAGACCUUCUUCUUCAACCCCGUCACCCUGGCGUCAGAGUGGACGACGUACUAUGAGAUCGCUGCCACCGCCUCCAUCAUCGCUUCAGUGCGGGUGACCGACCUGCUGCCGGCGUGGUACUAUAACUUCCGUGUUUCCAUGGUAACGUGGGGCGACCCUCCGCUCAGCUGCUGCGACAGCUCCACCGUGAGCUUUGUCACAGCUCCGGAGGCUCCUCACGUGUCGUCGGUGGAUUAUUCUCACGGCGUUCUCUACAUUCGCUGGACGUACGGAGAACUCUUCAUCGACCUGUCACACUCCAGGAUGCUUCACUGGCAGGUCGUCGCUGUGGGAAAGAAAGGAGCCGAGAGGAGCUACUCUGUGGACGUGA